AUGUAAAACAAUUCAAAGAAGUAGAAAAGUAGACUGAGAAAAGGUCAAAAAUAAAGAAAUUUAGGAGCCAAAACGAAUUGUGAUAGUGCUAAUUUCAAAUCCAAUUAGGCGGCAUGUGAAUAUGAGUAUUUAGUAUUUUCUUAACAUAGAUAAACCACCACUAAGAAAGUUAAGAAUGAGAAAGCAAUAUCUCCCAUUAUGCUUGACGAAAUUCCAUUCACAUAAUAAAAAAUUCAAUAAUUAAAUACAUAAGUAUAGGAGAAUUUGAUUUGUGAGGAGUUUGCAAGAGAAUUUUCUUCAUUUACAUUUAAUAAUUCUUAAGAAAAUAACUAAGAAGAAGAGUAAGAAACUUUGAAUGAGUUUAUGAGAGAAUAAGUAAAAUUUGAAGAAAUUUAUAGUUAUUAAAAAAAUUAUUUAAACAACUAGAAAGAAAUUUAAAGUCAUAUGGUAGCUAUAUUAUUUGAUUGGUUGGUUGAAGUAGCUCAUUCAUUUCAUUUUAAAAGGGAAACAUUUUAUCUAUCUAGAAAUUACGUUGAAAGAUUUCUUCUUAAAUAACCAAAUAUUUUAAUUUCUAAAUUUUAACUUCUUGGAGUAACAGCUAUUUUUAUUGCUCAUAAAUGUGAAGAAAUUUAUCCAAAAACAUUAAAAGAUUUUCAUCGACUUAUUUAAGAUUAAUAUACAAUUCAAGAGAUAGAGGAGAUGGAAGUUUAAAUGUUAAAAUCUUUAGAAUUUAGAAUGAAUCCAAACACUCCUAUAUUUUGGUUGAAUUAUUAUACUAAAUUAUGGGAUGAAUUUGUUGCUGAUAAAGAACUUAAUGUCACAUUAAAGGAAAGAACUAAUGAAUCAUAUUAUAGAUAUAGAGAAUUAGUCUAAUUGUUUGAUAUAUGCCUUAUUGAUUAUAGAUUUAAGAAAAAUGAAAAAAUUACAGCUUUGAGUUUGAUUUAUUUAGUAAUCGCAAAAUAAUUGCAAAUAUUUCAAGAUUAUAAAACUAUGGCCGAUUCUCAAAUAGAAAUUAUAAACUUUUUUGAUUCAAACCAUGAGUAUAAUUAAAUAUUCAGAUAAUUUAUUGAAAUAUCAGAUAUAUAUUUACAUUUUGAUAGAAGAAUAGAAGUAAUUUAAUCUAUAACAACUUAGUAUGAAGAUUUAAAAGAUGUUGUUUGUGAGACUAUUAAAUAUUUUAUUCUUCGCUUUGAUAAUACUUUGCCAAGAGUAUUAUUAAAUAAUUAGGAUUUUAUAGAUGAAGUAUAUUAUAAUAUAAAAUUUAGUUGUAACAUGAAGAAUUGUUGUCAUUCCAAACCUAUAACAGAAAUACAAUAGAAACUAUAAAUUUCCUUUUAAAAUAAAAAUCAUGA